AAGUUGAAUUAUAAGCUCCCUAAAUUCCACCUUUUCUCAGAGGCUUUGGUUCUCAUCAUAAUUCAAGAGGUAAAAUGAUUAAAAAAAGCAGAGAUCACCUAUUGUAAUAAAUUUGCUGGUGGUGGGCCCUAUCAGUACAAAUAACAUAGACUAGUGCUUGCAUCACGGAAGGAACUGACUUUGUCUGUGCCCACAGCCAGUCAUGACCACCAUAAUUCUGGAAGUAGAUAAUCGUUCAGUGACAACACAUUUCAUUCUUCUGGGGUUUCCAACACGACCAGGCUCCCAGCUUCUUCUUUUCUCUGUUUUCCUGGCAACCUACCUGCUGACACUGCUGGAAAAUCUUCUCAUCAUCUUAGUUAUCCACAGUGAUGGGCAGCUGCAUAAGCCCAUGUACUUCUUCCUGAGCCACCUCUCCUUCCUGGAAAUGUGGUAUGUCACAGUCAUCAGCCCCAAGAUGCUUGUUGACUUCCUCAGCCAUGACAAAAGUAUUUCCUUCAAUGGCUGCAUGACUCAACUGUACUUUUUUGUGACCUUUGUCUGCACUGAGUACAUCCUUCUUGCUGUCAUGGCCUUUGACCGCUACGUAGCCAUUUGCAAUCCACUACGCUACCCAGUCAUCAUGACCAACCAGCUCUGUGGCACACUGGCUGGAGGAUGCUGGUUCUGUGGACUCAUGACUGCCAUGAUUAAGAUGGUUUUUAUAGCACAACUUUACUACUGUGGCACACCUCUGAUCAAUCACUACUUUUGUGAUAUCUCUCCACUCCUCAACGUCUCCUGUGAGGACUCCUCACAGGCUGAGCUGGUGGACUUCUUCUUGGCCCUCAUGGUCAUUGCUAUUCCUCUUUGUGUUGUGGUGGCAUCCUACGCUGCUAUCCUUGCCACCAUUCUCAGGAUCCCUUCUGCUCAGGGCCGCCAAAAGGCAUUCUCCACCUGUGCCUCCCACCUGACCAUUGUAAUUCUCUUCUAUUCCACAACGCUUUUCACCUAUGCCCGUCCCAAGCUCAUGUAUACCUACAAUUCCAACAAAGUGGUGUCUGUCCUCUACACUGUCAUUGUUCCACUCCUCAACCCCAUCAUUUACUGUCUGAGGAACCGUGAAGUAAAGGCAGCCCUCAGAAAGACCAUAUGUUGCAGAGGACGCGGGCCCCAGGAAAAUGGGGCUUUCGGUAGUUGAAAAAUGUAUAGAUUCCUUUCAGGCUUGAACUGAGAGAUGACCACUACACACUUUCCC